ACCAUCAAGCAUCAAGCAUCAAACACAAGCACGCACAAGUCCACAACACACAAUUAACACAACAAAGAACAAACCCAUCUUAUCCAUCCUUCGAAGCAAGAGAAUUCGAGCUAGCGAUGGCUCCGAUGCUCAAGCGGAUCGUGGAGGACGCGCCGAAAAGGGCGGCGUACGUGACCUUCCUCGCCGGCUCCGGCGACUACUGGAAGGGCGUGGUGGGCCUGGCCAAGGGCCUCCGCGCCGUCAACUCCGCCUACCCGCUCGUGGUGGCCGUGCUCCCCGACGUCCCCGAGGAUCACCGCCGCAAGCUGGUGGAACAGGGCUGCCUCGUCCGCGAGAUCGUGCCCGUGUACCCGCCGGAGACCCAGACCCAGUUCGCCAUGGCCUACUACGUCAUCAACUACUCCAAGCUCCGCAUCUGGGAGUUCGUGGAGUACGAGAGGAUGGUGUACCUGGACGCGGACAUCCAGGUGUUCGACAACAUCGACCACCUCUUCGACCUCGACAAGGGCAGCUUCUACGCCGUCAUGGACUGCUUCUGCGAGAAGACGUGGAGCCACACGCCGCAGUACAAGAUCGGCUACUGCCAGCAGUGCCCGGACCGGGUGGCGUGGCCGGAGCACGAGCUCGGCGUGCCCCCGCCGCCGCUCUACUUCAACGCCGGCAUGUUCGUGCACGAGCCCAGCCUCGCCACCGCCAAGGCCCUCCUCGACAAGCUCGUCGUCACCGACCCCACCCCGUUCGCCGAGCAGGAUUUUCUCAACAUGUUCUUCAGGGACGUGUACAAGCCCAUCCCGCCGGUGUACAACCUCGUACUCGCCAUGCUCUGGAGGCACCCCGAGAACGUCGAGCUCGAGAAGGUCAAGGUCGUGCACUACUGCGCCGCGGGCUCGAAGCCGUGGAGGUUCACCGGCGAGGAGGCCAACAUGGACAGAGAAGACAUCAAGAUGCUUGUGAAGAAAUGGUGGGACAUCUACAACGACGAGGGCCUGGACUACAGGGCCAGCGACGAGACCACCAACCUGCUACGUGGAGCUCUGGUUGAGGCCGGCGCCGUGAAGUACUUCCCGGCGCCCUCGGCCGCGUAGGCUUCGCUGCAUGCCGGCGUUUGCCCGGCUGGGUCGUCGCAGGAUGAUUAAUUAAGUGCUACCAGUAGGGGAUUUCGGAUUUUCGAUGAAGAACUAUACUGUGUAUAGUAUCGAAGUAUGAUCAGGAUCGAUCUAACGUUUUUUUUUAGUAAGAUCUACACGUUUUUUGGUAUUGUAGGUCAAUCUAGUCCCGUGUUUCUUGUUUUAGUUGGCACGAAAAAUAGAGGCGUGUACACCAUGUAUAGAUGUACUUGCUACGUGCGUGUAUUGCUGAAACAUUUUGCAUGUGCUAUAAUAAAUCAAUCAAAGCUAUUGCAAAU